AUGUGGCGCUCAUGUCUGUGGGCACACCCGGACACUGAUUUCGUAAAUGAUUUAUUACAUGACAUUGAAUUUGGAGUACGCAUUGGUUAUCAACCCGUUUCCCGUGAUUACCAAAUACACACCAAUCAUUUAUCCGCGAUCCUCAACCCUGAGCCCGUGGCCAGGGAGAUCGAACGUGAACUUGACCUUAACCGUAAAGUUGGACCGUUUCUUACCCCGCCCUUUGAGAAUUUCACUGGUUCACCUUUGGGUGCGAUUCCUAAGAAGCACUCAGCGCCUGUCAAGUGGCGUAUAAUACAUGAUUUAUCGUGGCCCGCUGGCCUUUCAGUUAAUGACGGUAUCCCCAAGGAUUUGUUUACAUGCACUUACGAUUCGCUCGACCGCGCAAUCACACUACUCAGGCAAUUUGGAACUGGUGCUCUAAUGAGUAAACUGGAUCUCUCUGAUGCAUUUCGCCACAUUCUGGUUAACGCACAGGACUGGGAACUUCUUGGAUCUACCUGGCCUGUGGAGAUCGAUGGUACUGUUGUGCCCGGUUAUUUUAUAGACACCUUCCUUCCCUUUGGUCUUCGAAGUUCGCCAGCCCUUUUUCUAAAAUUCGUGGAGGGCCUCAAGUUUUUCAUUUCGUCUAGGGGAGCCUCCCCCAUUUGGAACUAUCUUGACGACUUCUGGACUUGUGGACCACCUUCCCCGAAUCCACAUUGCCGGACCUCGCUCGAUCUUAUGUUGGGAACAUGUGAGCAUCUCGGCUUCACUACGAACCCGGCAAAGACAGUCCUGCCGACAACAAACUUGAUUCUUCUCGGAAUUGAAUUAGAUUCUCUCGCUCAGGAAGCAAGAAUUGAUCAAACCAGACUAGCCGAAGUAUUGCAUAUGUUGGACAAGUGGUCAUCACGUAAACACUGUACGAAGCGUCAGCUACAAUCGUUGAUUGGAAAGCUUCACUUCAUUUCGUCUGUAUGUCGCCCUGGAAGAACUUUCGUUCGUCGCCUGAUCGAUCUACUCAGCAAAGCUAGCCACCCUUCACAUCGUAUCCGUCUCACCGUCGCAUUCCGUAAGGACAUUCACUGGUGGCAAACCUUUCUUACCUCGUGGAACGGCUGUAGCUUCUUUUAUCAAGACACAUGGCUACCCAAUUCUUCCUUGGACCUUUUUACUGACGCCAGCCACGCAGCCUUUGGAGCAUACUUCGCUGGCGAAUGGUUUUCCUGUUCGUUUUCCGCUCACCGCAUUCCCCUCUCCAGAUCCAUCACCUUCAAGGAACUUUAUGCAAUUACUGCAGCGGUAUCAGCCUGGGCCCCUUCACUGGCCUCUCAUAACGUGAUGUUUCAUUGCGACAAUCAGUCGGUUGUACACAUUCUUUCGUCUGGCACAAGUCGUUGUAAACAUAUCAUGUCUAUGCUGCGUUAUUUGUUCUAUGUUUGCGAUUACUACAACAUUCUACUACGCGCGAUUCACAUCCCUGGUGUCCAAGUUCCACCGCCUCUGCCCAGCAGCCAGCGAACAUCCCACGUUCGUACCACGUGUUCCUUUGACCAACUUCAAGUAAAUGCUCAGGAGUACUUUCGCUCUGGCCUCGCGGACUCUACUCAUCGAACCUACACCGCAGCUCAACGACAGUUUCUCAGCUUCUGUGACACGUACGGCCUGAGCCCCUUGCCGGCAUCAGAGGACACGCUCAUCUUGUUUGUUAUGCAUCUUGCAGCGCGCAUAAAACCUCAAUCCAUUAGUGUUUACCUGGCCGGUAUUCGCUCUCUUCAUGUUGCUAAUGGCUACAGCAAUCCACUACUUCCUGGUCUACGGCUAAAACAAACUCUGCGUGGUAUCGAACGGAAACAUUUCACUUCACCGAAGCAAAAAAUGCCUAUCACCUUUGAUCUCUUAUGCAAGAUCCAUCCUUUUGUGAAUUUUCUCUCUAGUAACGAUAUCGUCUUCUGGUCAGCAAUCACCUGUGGUCAUUUCUUACUCUUACGAGCAAGCGAGUUUACUGUAAACGGCAACGAACCCUUCGACCCCUCUCGGCAUCUCACACUCAGCGACGUCAAUUCUCACCAGUCUCCGACCGGGGAGCACUACUGGACGGUGCGACUUAAACAGUCUAAAACAGACCAACGGCGCGAAGGGGUAACGUUGUAUAUGUCGCAUACAAACCAUGUCGUCUGCCCAGCCUGCGCAAUGAAGUCUAACGUCGCUCUUCAACAAAGUCAGCCACGAAAGCCCAAAGAUUCACCACUGUUCCUGCUCGAGCAUCAGCAAGUCUUAACUCGUCAACACCUAGUAACAUUUGUGUCUCAUUUGUUGCGACUAGUUGGCAUUGAUCCUACAGCCUACAGCGGGCACAGUUUUAGGAUCGGUGGAGCCACCUCUGCGUCUCUGGCUGGACUUAAAGAUUACGAGAUUCAAAUGCUCGGACGCUGGAAAUCAGACUGUUACAAAACGUAUGUUCGUUCCCCCCUAAAUGUGCUACUCCAGUUUCCUCAGAGAAUAGCUAAGACUGCUUCUAUAACUUAUCAGUAUGCCAAUCCAUACUACCAGAACACUCAGGAUUACUAG